ACGGUAAAUUGGUGUAAAGCAGCGCACUUAUUGCACGUUAACGAUGCUUUGGUCACUGCGCCCUGGGUGAUGCAUGCUAUUCGUUAAUAUGAAGAUGAAUACCGUUUUAUUGCGUUCGCUCUGACGUAGGCAUCUGAGCUAAGGCGAUUGAGACGGCAAUUUUAGCCCACGAAGGGAAAAAGGCAGUCGCUCCACUUUGCGGGGGAAAACUGGGGACAGAUUUCUCUUCCCCUCCAAUGUGAUUACAGCUUUAACAAGUCAAUGGAGAAAACGUAAUUACUCAAUGGGAACGUUCUCCCUGAGCGUUUUUAGGAUACGCACAACACGGGAAUGACAUCGCGGGACAGCGACUGGCAUGGGAUUAAUCUCAUUUGCUAACCUUGUUUUCCUCGCGCAUUUUACAAUUUCAUCCAGAAACGUGUGCGUCACCAUUAUCCUUUGUACAUCUGGCAGUAAAAUGGAUCAUCUGCUUUACUAUAGCUUCCCAGUUUUUUCCCCCGCACCUGUUUCUGGGCCAGUUAGAUCUUAUUUCUCUGGCUAAACCGCAGAAGAGGAAAAAUCAUGGACUUUCGUCUUUGGUAGUUGACGCUCGGCUUUGCUUCGUUUGCCCCACCACUUAAAAGUUAGUGUGGGUCUGGAUCUAGGGUUGUAGACGGACGGGAUCUCUACCUAAAGAAUACGGGUUUUUUUAAAUGUCGUUUUGGAUACCUGCAUUAACACGCGCAGAGGAAAUGUGGGGUAUAUCCUGUGUUCUGUAACUUUGAUCUUGGAACUUGCCACCUAUUGCUCACGACAGCGAGGUUUUCACAAAUUGUGGAUUAUAGCAAGCCUGUUGCCUUUGGCAACUAUUGAAAAAAAUGCAAGGGUAUUCCGGCGUUCACGCGGACGGAACCUCGUCGGAGUGCUAGUCGAACAGCGAAGAAAAUUAAAUAUUUAUGAACCAGUGAGAGUUUGGGAAAAGGGCGUAGUUUUUUUGCUGCUCCGUCACCAGGGGUUCCUGUCGGAUAUAUCAUGAUUUUUUGGCAUAUUUUCAGCGUCCUUAUUUUAUUAGGGAAGGGGGUCCCAUCCUGGGCCCGCUCCCCCUCCCUCUCGAGCAUGGGGACGCAGGGCUGGAGGGCGCCUGUGGACUGCGUGAAGGCCAGCGACCUGUGUAACCAGAGCCCCCGCUGCAGCUCCCGCUACCGCAUCAUGCGCCAGUGCCUGGUGGGCAAGGAGAGGGCGGCCAUGCUGGCCAACCGCGACUGCCAGGCGGCGCUGGAGGUGCUGCAGGACAGCCCCCUGUACGACUGCCGCUGCCGGAGGGGCAUGAAGAAGGAGCUGCAGUGCCUGCAGAACUACUGGAGCAUUCAUCUGGGCCUGGCCGAAGAAGAAGAGUUUUACGAAACCUCCCCCUACGAGCCCGUGACCGCCCGGCACUCGGACGUGUUCCGGCUGGCCUCCAUCAUCUCAGGUAUGGACCCAGGGAAGGGGGGUCACUGCUCGGACACGGGCCGGCCCUGCAACCCCUGCCUGGACGCGGCCAAGGCCUGCAACCUGAACGACACCUGCAAGAAGCAGCGCUCGUCCUACAUCGCCACCUGCAACCGGGGCGCGCCCCUGCAGGCCGCCGCCGCGCCCGCCGAGCCCUGCAGCCGCAAGCGCUGCCACAAGGCGCUGCGGCAGUUCUUCGACCGCGUGCCCGCCGAGUUCAGCUACCGGCUGCUCUUCUGCUCCUGCCGCGACCAGGCCUGCGCCGAGCGCCGCCGCCAGACCAUCGUGCCGUCCUGCGCCUUCGAGGACCGGGCCCGGCCCAGCUGCCUGGAGCUGCGGCGCUCCUGCCGCUCCGACCCGCUCUGCAGGUCCAGGCUUGCAGAUUUCCACAUGAACUGUCAGUCCACGCCCUACUCCAUCACCAGCUGUCCCAAUGACAACUACCAGGCCUGUCUGAUGUCCUACGUCGGGCUCAUAGGAUCAGAGGUGACCCCCAACUACAUGGACGCCAGCUUCAGUAACAUCACCAUCACGCUGUGGUGCACCUGCAAGGGCAGCGGGAAUCACGAGGAGGAGUGCGAGGCCUUCCUCCGGGACUUCAGAGACAACGCCUGCCUGAGAAAUGCCAUCCAGGCUUUCGGUUACGGGCCGGACGUCCUGCCCAAAGCCUCGUCUCUCCCGGCGAGGCCGACGGCGAGUGCGGGCCUGGCUCCGGCGAGCACCGGCAAGCCUCCCGGCAACCCGCCCGGCAACCAUCCCGGCAACGCCAACGAGGUCAGCCUCAGCAGCGACCCCUGCGUCUUCUCCACGUGUGCCAACCUGAAGAGUGACCAGGGAGGCCAUGUCGAGAGCCCCUUCGAGUCCCGGGACUCCUCUAAGAUGGAGGCCGAGGAGCGGGAGCGGUCCUCCGGAGUUCACCUCAGCAGCGUCCAGGCGGGGCUGGUGCACCUGUCCCUCCUGUGGGUCAGGCUGGCUCUGUGAGGCCUGCUGUCCCACUGACGUACGGACAAGCGGUGAACAAAAACUUAUUUAAAUUUUUAGAAACUCCCUGCGCAGUGGACUCCUGGAGCUGGAAUACCGCUAUUGGUUCUCCAACCCCCUCUCUUCGGCAAUAAUAAAGACAGUUAUUGUAUAACUGCAGCCGCAAAGACAAAACAUGGAGGAACAUAUCAAGAUGGAGGUACGGAUCUCUAUCUGCAAUGGCGAGAGAAAAAGAGAAUGUCAGAAAGAUGGUGGAGGAGGGGAGGUGAUGCACACAAAGUGUUCCAGAUUACUGGAGGUGGACAGCAAGGGAUCUUCAUGGCUGUUGGUCCAACUGCCAAUCAUACCUUUGGUUGAGGAAGAACCCUCCAGUCACUCUGAUUCUCCAUCAGGGCUAGCAGGGAACAGGAAAUGGCACGGGACACAGGAAAUGACACGGAGGACACAGAUAGUGGCCACACGGAGCAACACUGUUCCCUGGACACCCCCCCCCC